CAGUCUUUCUAGAUUAACAGGCCCCAUCUCUCGUCUUCUUGACUCUACCAUGACCAUACCGUAUCCUAGACGUAGGAUCUCGGACUUCGUUUCCGCCACGCCCUACACUUCCGGAGUCCCCGGAAGUGGCCCGUUGCCAUGGCGACUUUGUACACAGCCUGGCGCCCUUGCGUGGAGAAAUCCAGGUCGCGUGCUGGGCUUGGGUAUCUGCAGUUGAGGCUGUCGCGCUCUGGGAGCUCCGCUGCCUCGCGAGUGUAGUGACUGAAGAUGGACCCACAUAUGGAGAUUCAGCUGCCCUCUGACUUCCAGCCAUGACCAUCACCACCAACCACCAUUUCUUGAGCAUCUGCUCUGUGCUGGGCAUUGUUCUGGACAUUGUGGGUGGAUUCAAAAGAGAUAAAAGGCACAGUCCUUGUCCUCAAGCAGCUUGUAAUUUAAUUUGGGAGCCGAAACCCACUCAAAUGAAGCAGCGUAAAAACAGUAACAAGCAAUAUUUCACUAGAAUGGGUACUAGGAAAAAAGUUCAUGCAUUUGUCCGUGUCAAACCUACCGAUGACUUUGCUCAUGACAUGAUCAAAUAUGGAGAUGACAACAAAAGCAUUGAUAUUCACUUAAAAAAAGACACUCGGAGGAGAGGAGUUGUCAAUAACCAGCAGACAAACUGGUCGUUCAAGCUGGAUGGAGUUCUCCAUGAUGCCUCACAGGACCUGGUUUAUGAGACAGUUGCGAAGGAUGUGGUUUCUCAGGCCCUCAAUGGCUAUAAUGGGACCAUCAUGUGUUAUGGGCAGACAGGAGCUGGCAAGACAUACACCAUGACGGGGGCAACUGAGAAUUACAAGCACCGGGGGAUCCUCCCUCGUGCCCUGCAGCAGGUUUUUAGGAUGACUGAAGAACGUCCCACACAUGCCAUCACUGUACGUGUUUCCUACCUGGAAAUCUAUAAUGAGAGCCUGUUUGAUCUCCUGUCCACUCUGCCCUAUGUUGGACCUUCAGUCACACCAAUGACCAUCGUGGAAAACUCUCAAGGGGUCUUCAUUAAGGGCUUGUCAGUCCACCUCACAAGUCAGGAGGAGGAUGCAUUCAGCCUCCUCUUUGAGGGAGAGACCAAUAGGAUUAUAGCCUCCCACACAAUGAACAAAAACUCUUCCAGAUCGCACUGCAUUUUUACCAUCUAUGUAGAGGUCCAUUCUCGGACCUUAUCAGAUGAAAAGUACAUCACUUCCAAAAUUAACUUGGUGGAUCUGGCAGGCUCAGAGAGGCUGGGCAAGUCUGGGUCUGAGGGCCGAGUCCUGAAGGAAGCCACGUACAUCAACAAGUCGCUGUCAUUCCUGGAGCAGGCCAUCAUUGCCCUCGGGGACCAGAAGCGGGACCACAUCCCCUUCCGGCAGUGCAAGCUCACUCAUGCCCUGAAGGACUCCUUAGGGGGAAAUUGCAAUAUGGUUCUCGUGACAAACAUCUAUGGAGAAGCCACCCAAUUGGAAGAAACACUGUCUUCUCUGCGAUUUGCCAGCAGGAUGAAGCUGGUCACCACAGAGCCUGCUGUCAAUGAAAAGUAUGAUGCUGAGCGAAUGGUCAAGAACCUGGAGAAGGAGCUAGCGCUGCUGAAGCAGGAGCUGGCCAUCCAUGACAGCUUGGCCAACCGUACCCUUGUGACCUACGACCCCAUGGAUGAAAUUCAGAUUGCUGAGAUCAACUCCCAGGUGCGGAGAUACCUGGAGGGGACGCUGGAUGAGAUCGAUAUAAUCAACCUCAGACAGAUCCAGGAGGUGUUCAACCAGUUCCGCGUGGUGCUGAGCCAACAGGAACAGGAAGUGGAGUCCGCUUUGCGCAGAAAGUAUACCCUCAUAGACAAGAAUGACUUUGCAGCCAUCUCUGCUGUCCAGAAGGCGGGGGUUAUGGAUGUCGAUGGCCACCUAGUGGGGGAGCCAGAUGGACAAGGCUUUGGAGUUGGGGUCGCCCCUUUCUCUUCCAAACCUGGGAGGAAAUCUAAGUCCAGGAAGACAUUCAAAGAUCAGGUCAGCUCCUUAACAAGAAAGGAAGGUGCUGGCAGCCCCGUGAGUGGCAAGGACCUGGACAUGAUUUCCACUUCUAAGACCCAGCUGGUUCCAUCCUCCAAGGAUGGGGAUGUCAAAGACAUGCUUCUGCGAGACCGGGAAACCUCCAGCAUUGAGCCCCUUCCCUCAGACUCCCCAAAGGAGGAAUUACACCCGAUUAGGCCCAGCACCCCACCCCCCAAGCCUAUGGCCUUUGAGGAGUUUAAAAAUGAGCGAGGUAGUGAGAUCAACCGCAUUUUCAAAGAAAACAAGUCCAUUUUGAAUGAACGGAGGAAAAGGGCCAGUGAGACCAUACAGCGCAUCAAUGCCAUCAAGCGGGAGAUUGAUGUGACCAAGGAGGCACUGAACUUCCAGAAGUCACUACGGGAGAAGCAAGGUGAGUAUGAAAACAAGGGGCUGAUGAUCAUCGACGAGGAGGAAUUCCUGCUGAUUCUGAAGCUCAAAGACCUCAAGAAGCAGUACCGCAGCGAGUACCAGGACCUGCGUGACCUCAGGGCUGAGAUCCAGUACUGCCAGCGGCUGGUGGAUCAGUGUCGGCACCGUCUGCUCACGGAAUUUGACAUCUGGUACAAUGAGUCCUUUGUCAUCCCUGAGGAGAUGCAGGUGGCACUGAAGCCAGGCAGCAGGAUCCGGCCAGGCAUGGUACCUGCCAGCAGGAUUGUGUCUCUGGGAGAAGAUGACCAGGACAAAUUCAGCCAGCUGCAGCAGACGGUGCUACCUGAGGGCCCUGAUUCCAUCUCCUUCUACAAUGCCAAAGUUAAGACAGAACAGAAGCACAGUUACUUGAAAACCACGAUUGGCCUCCAGCAGACACAUAGAAAAUAGAGUCUCAUCACCAGUACCUUAAAGGAUGAAAUCAGCAACUCCAACCUGCUCUAGCAGAACUGCUAAACCACCUACCCAGAGUUCCAGCCACUCUGCUCCAAGGCUGGGACCCAGCCCAGAGAGCACAUAAUGACCAAAGGACACCCUUGGUCGUUGCCACAAAACACUUUUGAUUUUAAUUCACUGUCUUAUAUACAGGGUUAAAAUAACUUUUUAGUUUGGAUGUUACUGCUCAUCUAAGAACUUUGUUUUAUUUCCUAUCUGAAAGAAUGUCUUCCCUAUAUACAGGUGGGGUCAGGACUGAGUUUUAAGUAGGAAAGCAAAAUGUAGCUCAGCCAGGUGCUUCCUGGCAGGCCUUUGUCCCCUUGGUCACCUCUUUCCUUUCUUAGAUGGACAUCUGGGGGUGAGCUUGGUCUGAUGAGCCCUGCUUCUCUCAGCUCCCUUAGGCCCUAAAUUCUCUUAGGGCAUUCUUUCUGUGUUCCUGAGCCAGUGAAGACAGGAGGAGGUCCUACUCCCUUGGCAACCAGGAGAUGAUCGGGUCUAGCCACUGACUCCAAGAGGGAUGAGGCAGAGCUGGGCUCACGUGCCAGGGAAUGAGUGAGCAGCUUCUGGGGGACAUGCCCUCUGUGUUCCCAGAACACCACAGCCUUCCCUAUCUAGUAUGUAUGUGGGCUGUGUGUCAAGGUUUUUCCCCCUCACCUCCUCUUUUCUCUCUUUCUCAGUGUGUAGGCUGCAGAUAAGCAGAAGUGAAAGUGGCCAGUUUACCCUGAAUAGGAACAGAGAUCACACUGUCAGGAUUAUACAGGGAAGAGAAGACAUUAGAAAUUCUCAGGCUGGGCCUUGUGCCCUUGGUGGUGAUACUAAAGAGAAAGAGUUCAUUACUUUGCUCAGAGAACAAACUCAGGCCCUCUGAGGCCUCCUGAGCUGAUAGUCUCCACUGAGUAAAAGGUUUCAGCGCUUCCUUGGAAUCUUUCCUCUCACACUCCUGUUUUUGUGGGUAAGGGCCUUGGACUUGUAGUCUGUGAGUGCUCCCUCCAUCUGAAACCCAUCAAUCACUUGAUGUUGCUGUG